GUGUACACAAGGUCUCACAGUGCAAGGAGAAGAUACAGACUCCAUGGUGACUGAGCCAGGACCCCAGCACUGCUACCCACUGAGCCACCCUGCUGCCCAGAGCCUGGACUGGAGGAGUGAAGGGUUCCUUAGGUACAGGACUAUAACAGAUAAAAUCUUCUUUAUAAGACGAUGGUUCUUUCCAUCAAAGGUCCAUGAAGGAUGGAGAAGGACAGAAGCCACAUGGCUGCAGAGAUAUUAGACCUCGCCCUAGAGAUCAUCUCCUUGAUAACUGGAGAGGGUUACACAGUAGUGAAGAAGUCGUCUGAUGAGUGUGUGACACCUUGUGUGUCAGGAGGAUGGAGCAGGACCCAGAGCCCAAUCACCGAGCCUCCACCUCAUUCACUGAUACAUGAGCAGAAGAUCCUAGAACUUACCAACAGGAUCACUGACCUGCUGAGCGGAGAGGUUCCUGUAAGGUGUCAGGAUGUCGUUGUCUAUUUCUCCAUGGAGGAGUGGGAGUAUUUAGAAGGACACAAAGAUCUGUACACGGACAUCAUGAUGGGGAAUCGCGUCACUUCAUCGGAAGGAUCCAGUCAGAGAAAUCCACCAGAGAGAUGUCCCAGUCCUCUGUAUACCCAGUACUGCCCAGAGGAGAAGCCGAAUGUCCUACUGGAUCAUCAGGAUGUCAUUAUAGAGAAUCACCAGCCCCUAAUAUCACCAGAUGGCUCUAGUCAGAGAAAUCCACCAGAGAGAUGUCCCAGUCCUCUAUCUUCCCAGGACUGUCCGGAGGAAGAGCAGACUGUCCCACUGGAUCAUCGUGACGUCAUGAUGGAGAAUCACCAGCCCCUCACAUCACCGGAUGGGUCCAGGCAGAGUAAUCCACCAGAGAGAUGUCCCAGUCCUCUUUAUUCCCAGGACUGUCCAGAGGAGAAGCCACAUUUUGCACUGGAUCAUCAUGAACUUAAGAUGGAGAAUUACCAGCUCCUUAUAUCACCAGAUGGAUCCAGUCAGAGAAAUCCACCAGAAAGAUGUCCUAGUCCUCUAUGUCCCCAGGUUUGUCCAGAGAAAGAGCAGGAUAACUCACUGAAUCAUCAUGACAUCACAAUGGAGAAUCAUCAGCCCCUCACAUCACCGGAUGGAUCCAGUCAGAGAAAUCCACCAGAGAGAUCUCCCAGUCCUCUUUAUUCCCAGGACUGUCCAGAGGAGAAUCCAAAUUUUCCACUGGAUCAUCAUGAACUUAAGAUGGAGAAUAACCAGCUAUUUAUAUCACUAGAUGGAUCGAGUCAGAGAAAUCCACCAGAGAGAUGUCCUAGUCCUCCAUAUUCCCAGGACUGUCCAGAGGAGAAGCAGAAUGUCUUACUGUAUGAUCAGAAAAGUGAUGGAAGUGGAAGGACGAGUGGCCUGGAGAACCCCACAUCAGUGACUGGUGAAGACAGUACGAGAAGCUUCGAUGAACAUCUCCUGUUAUCUCCCAGUUAUGAAGUAGAAGAAAAUCCAUUACAAAUUGGCAAAAAUAGACUGGGUGAAAUGUUUGCUUGUUUUGAAUGUGGAAAACAUUUUAAAGAGAAAUGUCAUCUUUCCACGCAUGAGAGAAUUCACAGUGAUGAAAAGCCAUGUUCAUGUUCAGAAUGUGGGAAAUAUUUUACUCAGAAGUCAAGUCUGAUGGAUCAUCUAAGAACUCACACAGGAGAGAAGCCAUAUUUAUGCUCAAAAUGUGGGAAACAUUUUGCCUUCAAGUCAAGUCUUAUUGGACAUCUGACAAUUCACACAGAGGAGAAGUCCUUUUCACAUCGUCAACUUUGGAAUUGUUUUAGUCAGAUGACAAACAGUAUGCAACAUCUUAGAACUCACACAGAGGAGAAGCUGUUUUCAUGUUCAGAAUGUGGAAAACAUUUCAGCCGAAAAUCAACUCUUGUUGAACAUCAGAGAAUUCACACGGGGGAGAAGCCGUAUAUUUGUUCAGAAUGUGGAAAACAUUUCAGCCGCACAUCAGUUCUUGUGGAACAUCAGAAAAUUCACUCAGGGGAGAAGCCGUUUUCAUGUUCAGAAUGUGGAAAAUAUUUUCGCCGCAAAUCAGUUCUUGUGGAACAUCAGAAAAUUCACACAGGGGAGAAGCCACAUUCAUGUCCUCAUUGUGAGAGAUGUUUUAGUCAGAUGACAAAGCUCAGGGAUCAUCUUAUAACUCACACAGGGGCGAAGCCAUUUUCAUGUUCAGAAUGUGGGAAACGUUUUAGACGCGCAUCAACUCUUGUGGACCAUCAGAGAAUUCACACAGAGGAGAAGCCAUUUUUAUGUUCAGAAUGUGGGAAAUGUUUUACCCAGAAAUCAGGUCUUGUUAGACAUCAAAGAACUCACACAGGAGCGAAGCCAUUUUCAUGUUCAGUAUGUGGGAAAUGCUUUAGCCAUAAAUUAAAUCUUGCUACACAUCAAAGAUGUCACACCAGAGAGAAGCUGUAAUUGUGGUCAGAAUGGAGAAAACGUUGGGGAGGUAUGGGUGUUCCCAAUCUGUAACUUUAUCAAAUGGCUGCAUUAUUAGAUCAAUUGGGGAAAAGGGGGAAGGAAUUACACUGCCAAAAACUGGGUCUAUUAAAGAAGAGUUUUCUGGGCAAGAAUAAAUUCAUUUAGUCCCAAUGUGUCCCCAUCAGAAUAAGACUACUCUGUGUGCUAUACUGGAUAGGCUGCGAGC